AUGACAUCGCCACCGUCUAUAUAUACUCCUGAUCAGAUAGAGGCCUAUCUGCAGCGCAUCGGGUACGCCGACUCCGCCAGUACAUCUGGAAUCACCAGGCGACAACAUCUCCAGCAAUGCAUCGAGAAAGAUGCGCUGGCCGCAUUGACCGAGCUGCAGAGGCGGCAUCUGGGCGCCAUCCCAUGGGGUAAUUCCGGUCUGCAUUACUCCCAAGUCCGCGCGAUCUCCGUCCAUCCAACGUGUGUGUUUGAAAAGUUGGUCACCCGCAAACUAGACGGGUACUGCAUGGAGAACACCAACCUGCUUUAUGUCGUUUUACGGUCAUUGGGGUACCAGGUCUAUCCCACGGGAGGCCGAGUUAGUCGCGCGGUAGCCACUGGGAACAAUGCCGCGGCGGGAUACAAGUCGCUUGGACACAUGGUUCUCAUCGUGACCAUUGAUGGCCAGAAGUACAUGGUCGACGUUGGGUUCGGCAGCAAUGGCCCUACCAGUCCGCUGCCAAUGAAGGAAAACGAGGUUGCAGUCUGCAUUGCACCCGGUGAGAUGCGCCUGAUCAAGGACAGCAUCCCCGACUUCGUCGACAAGAGCCAGAAGGUCUGGAUCUACCAGAUCAGGCAUGACCCGGAAAGUGAAUGGAUCCCGUCGUACUCCUUUUCGGAAGUUGAAUUCCUGGCAGAGGACUUUGCAGUGAUGAACUUUGCGACAAGCCAGAAGUCGGACAGCUGGUUUACCCAGACGUUUGUCUGUACCAAGGUGAUUCUGAGUGAGGGUGGACUCGAACCCCGAGGUUUAUAUGUGAUGUCAGGAAAAGAAGUCAAGAAAAGGCUGGGUAAGGAGACACAAGUUGUGGCCACACUAGCAAACGAAGACGAUCGGAGACAAGCGCUGGCGAAGUAUUUCGAUAUGCACUUCCAGGAUUAUGAAGUUGAAGGAAUACAGGGCUUGAGCUCCCAGAUAAAAUAG